AUGCCGCACGCUCCCGCAUCAACCCCCGCUUCACCUCCGGCGUCAAGUACGGCUCGACCGAUGGAGCGUAUGAAGCAUAUUAGCAGGGAGGCGUUAUACACAGAUCUGGAAGCACGUAUCAGAUAUCUACACGACUUUCUCGAUUUCAGCGGUAGAGACAUCGACGCCCUAGUCAGUGGCGCCAAAUACGUCAAAACUCUCAUCCCAGCCGUGGUGAACAUCGUCUACAAAAAACUCCUACAGUACGACAUCACAGCGCGCGCCUUCACGACGCGUAGCACGAGCUUCGAGGGCCCGCUAGACGAUGUGCCAGAGGAGAAUAGUCCGCAGAUCUUGCAUCGGAAGAUGUUCAUGAAGGCGUAUUUGCAGAAGCUGUGCUCUGAUCCAUCGAAGAUGGAGUUUUGGGAGUAUUUGGAUAAAGUUGGCAUGAUGCACGUAGGUCUCGGCCGCGCGCACCCCCUCCACGUAGAAUACAUCCACCUAGGCGUCUGCCUCUCCUUCAUCCAAGACAUCCUCACCGAAGCGAUCCUGUCGCACCCACGUCUCCACCUAUCGCGCAAGAUCGCGCUCGUAAAAGCACUCGGCAAGGUCAUCUGGAUCCAGAACGACCUAUUCGCGAAAUGGCAGAUGCGCGACGGUGCCGAGUUUACGGCCAACGAGGAGGUGGUUAUUGAGAAGGAGGGCUAUCUGCAUGGCAAGAAGGUGCUGGAUGAUGUGGAUGGAGAUGAGGAGGAGAGUCCCAGGACGCCGACGCCGACGAAGGCGAGUGCGUGUCCGUUUAGUGGGAUGGCGGAUUUGAAGGUGGAUGAGUCGAAUGCUGAGGAACCGCAGGUUGCAAGCCCGAAAGCUGCAGAUCCGAAUGUAGCUCCCGAUAGUCCAGCUCUGAAGACUUGA